AUGGUCGAAAAUAAUGUACUGCUAAACAAUCCAGCAAUGAUCCGCUUAUAUCAGAUACCGGCACGACACACUGGUAUUGCAAGUCUUUGCAUACAGCUUGUUGGUUUGGUAAUGAGUGCAGCCCUCACGCUAUAUCUAGUGCUUCAUCUGAACGAUAUAAAUAUAACCAGAAACAUUAAACAACAAUCAAAACGACCUGAAGCACCAUAUUCUACAACUUUCAUCAGUACAACGAUGAAUGCAACAGAAAUAAACAAAGACAUGAACCUGACAGAGAAAAUCAUUUGGGAUGGAAAUCUCAUUUCAGACAUGAAUGGAAAUGGUACGAUUGAUGAAACUGGGCUUCAAAUAGACCUUACUGAAUUGAUACAGAUAUCAGCAGGCGUCUAUACUGUUGUUCUUGGAUUUGCUCUAACUUCGAUCAUAUGCGGUUUUGCUCUUGCCUUCAAUAUCGCAUGGUACAGAUAUGUAGUAUACAUGAACGAUAAUGACCAGUGUUUGUGUCUUUCGAUGACCGCACAUUUCUUCAAAUGUCACCGACAACAACGACCAACACAAGGAUAUAGCAUCCCGGAAGCAGUACGACAUUCCAAUUUACCACAUGCUAACGAAUUAGCUGUCCACAAUUUCAGUCGUUUAUAA